AUUUGACCUGGGUAGGGUGCUCAGCUGGUCGCUAGCGGUGGAACUGUGUGUUGGUUGCGGUAUCAGAGCUGGCUGAGCAGAAGGCCCGUGCAGUUUGGGGUUCUUUCAGUAGGUCGCCAAUCUCAAGCAAUAAUUAUUCGAACCUCUUCUGAGAACGAACUUUGUCGGACCUGCCACCAUGGCAGGGUUCUUCAAGAGUAUUUUUGGCAAAUCUGCCAGAGAGAAACGGGAAUAUCCCAAUAUAAAAAUGAAUCAAGAUCCUGACCUCUUUUGGGAAAUCGUCGGCGAACUUGGCGAUGGAGCUUUUGGCAAAGUGUACAAAGCUAAGCAUCGCGAGAGAGGCUCGCUUGCUGCUGCAAAGAUUGUGGAGCUGGGUGAUGGUGAUGAACUCGACGACUUUGUAGUUGAAAUUGACAUCCUAGCAGCAUGUGGGCACCAUCCACAUAUUCUCUCGCUGGAAGAGGCGUAUCUGUUCAAAGGAAAACUAUGGAUGCUGUUGGAGUUUUGUCCUGGUGGUGCAAUGGACGACAUCAUGCUAGAGCUUGACCGUGGCCUAACAGAGAAGCAGAUCAAGGUAGCCGCUCGGCACCUUUUUGAGGCACUAAUAGAGCUGCGCUCCAAGCGUAUCAUUCACCGUGACUUGAAGGCAGGCAACCUUCUGCUCUGUGCUGACGGUAGCAUCAAGCUAGGUGACUUUGGUGUAUCUGCAAUUAACAAGAAGACGAAGCAACGCCGUGACUCAUUCAUUGGAACACCUUUCUGGAUGGCACCGGAAGUAGUAGUGUGUGAAACGAACAAGGACCUACCAUACGAUUACAGGGCUGACAUCUGGUCUGCCGGAAUCACUCUUAUCGAAUUGGCCGACAUGCAACCGCCUUACCAUGAGAUGCAUCCUAUGAGAGUCUUGUUCAAGAUCCCCAAAGCCGAGCCUCCGAGGCUGGUUGCCCCAUCACGCUGGUCACCAGAAUUUAAUGACUUCCUCGCAAAGUGCUUGGUGAAAGAUCCGAAUAACCGACCCACUGCAGAGGACAUGAUGGCCCACCCAUUCCUCCAGGGUGUCACCGACUGGACUGCUACUCGCCGCCUGUAUGCAGAGAUGAGGGCUGCAGUUGUGGAAACUGUGGAGGAGCUUGGCGAGUCUGAGGAUGCUGUCAACGCUAACAAUGAACAUGACCUAGAGCCAGAGCCAGAAGAUGUGGCGGGCACCAGUGCGCCGUCUUCUUCAUCCGGAAAGUCAUCACUAGCGGCCACUCUGGGUGCUGAGCUAGACGACCAAUUGGCCGUUGCAUCUGUUACUAGCUCAGCCACUGCUGCAUCCACUGCAGCACCCAAACACACUCGCUCAUUCGGCGUCGGCAAUGUUGUCAAGCGUGCACCGGAUAACAUCGAUGCACCACCUACAAUUAAAACUCCUAAAGAGGACGGUGGCAAGGAAAAUGCUGAUCCAGCGUAUAAGACACUACGUCGCACUCGUACUUUCUUGGUCGAUGGCAAGGAAUACACUAGCACUACAGAGGCCGUGAUUGAUGUAAACAAAGGCAAAGGAACAGAUCAACAAGCUCAGAAGAUGGCACAGCAGCAAAGGAAAAUUGAGUAUCGUGAAAUGAAGAUUCUUCAGCGUGAGGAACAAAAGGAGGCCCAGAAUCUUUUCUCAAUGAUCCAGAAAGACAAAGAUGACCAGGAACAUCGCUUUGAACAACAGAGACAGGACCUAGAGAAGCGCUUCGACACGCAGCUGGAUGCCACUGCACGCAGCCAGCGCAAGGAGGUUGAGAAGUUUGAGAAGCGCCAGCGUGAUGAGUACGCCAACAACUUGAAGAAGAUGAAAGUAGCACAGGGUGAUGCACUGAAGAAGUUCAGAAAGACACAGAAGCAGGACGAAAAGCGCCUGGAGAAGGAUGUUGCAGUAGAGCUGGACAAGUUGAAGAAGUCCGAAAGGAAAGUUGAACUCAAGAAAUGGAAAGACGAACAUACCCGCACACUGGAGAAGCGCGACAAUGAUUUCUGCGAACAGCAAAAUCAGGAGCAUGAUCACCAGUGUCAGAUCUGGAAGGAUAACAAUCGCCAGGCCAUGCGCGAUUUGGAGGCUCAGUUCUUAACACACCGGCAGGACUUGAUCCGACGCCGAGAGACAGAGUUCUGGGACAUGGAGCAACGACACAUGCAUGAGCACUACCAACUCUCUAAGCAUCAACUGAAGGAGGCCUUCCUACUACAAAGACAUCAAAUGGUCGAACGGCAUAAGAAGGAGUUGGAGCAGCACGCCCGGAGGGAUGAGCUCACCAGGGAGAUUAUCACGAGGCGGCAUGCAGUUGAGAAUAAACAGCUGCCACAGGAGCUGAAGAAGCAGAAGAAUCAGUCGCUGGCAGCUCUGAGAAAAACCUGCAGAAAACAGUCUGCCAGUCGCCAUGAGGAGAAGGAAAUGAUCAAGAAGUUUGAGGAGCAGGAAUCCAAGAGACAUCGUGCUGAGCUGGCAACACUCCAGCAGAAGCACGAAGAGGAGUUGAAUGAGUUCAGUACCCGAAACGCAGCUGCCAUGAAUGAGCUGAAAUUACUGCAGGAGGAGAAGUGUGCUCUGCUUGUGGAGAGAGAGCAAACCAAGCUGCAAGAACACGAAGAGCAUCAUCAGCUGCAGGUGCGCGAGUACAAGGAGAAGCUGCACGUUCGCAAGACGGAAAUGGAGGCUGAGUUUUCCCAACAGACCAAGGAGCUCCUUAACUUCUACAAUACUCCGCAAGCAGAAGAGAAUGGAGAGGCGUCCGCACCACCGUCCGCCUCUUCGGCUGCUGAACUUACAGGCAAUGGCAGUGCGGGCUUUGACGGCGAUUCCGGUGUUGUGGCUGGCUCGGCAGCCAGCUAUGAAUAGCUGUGUGCUCCGUGCCAUGGGUGGUGUAGCGUUGAGUUGCUAACAUGCAUCUUACUGCUUGCCACUGCUGCCUGCUGCGACCUGUAGGCUGCACACAGCGUAAAGAUAAUCUCUAAAUGGCACCAGAUUCAUAACUUCUGGGUUUCCUUUGCCUACCGUGGACCUUUUGACUCUGCUGGCUGCUUUCUCUACUGUGGUCAGCUGCGACAACGAGCUGUUCGCCUUAGCAAGUCACAAACCUGUGCAACUACACAUUGUGUGUCUAUUGUUGACUUCAACUUUGCCUAGCUGCACCAAUAUCACGAAUACCACAAAUACCGAUACCACCGCUGCCAAUCCUGACAAUAAGUGUAACAGCCACGGUCACCGCCAACACCACGCCUGCAAUGAACCACCACAAUGUUGUGCUGUGGCCUAUGUCACGUGGGCCGUCGACACCCAGUGAGUGAUGCUGUGUGCGUGCAAAUGGAAGUGUUUCUAUGUACUAGACACUGGUCAAUCAGUCCACCUUUUUAUAGCAGAAUUGUCUAUUUACCCAGUUUUGUCCGUUUCGUUGCCCGUCCCCAGUCCUUCAUGGAAAGCUAACCUGGUUUUGAGCCCACUUUUCUUUUGUUGUAAUUUUCGUAGCGUUUUUCUGUGCUAGGAACAAUAACUUUAUUUUUGUGAUGGAAUAGAUGACACCAACGAGUAGAUGUGCAUUUUCAGGCAUAGCAACAUUUAGAAAUGAUGUAGACCCUGCCCUUACAAUGCUUUUUAUUUUCUUCUUUCCUCUAUUUUUUUAUAAUCAUGAGAGUGAUGCUAACUUCCUGCUUUUGAUGCGAUAGCGAUGUUCUUUUCUUUCAUGGCUGCUGCCCUUCUUGUUUUUUGUCUUCUAUUUAUAAUAAAGUUUUUUUAGAGAGCUACCUCCAGUAGAGGUAGUGCCUAGGUGUUAUGGCUCUUGCUGCAUUCUUACACGUACGCUUGUGUGCGUCUUAGAGUGGAUCUGCUGCAUCCGUUGUACAUAUUUUUAGUUGAAGUAUGGCUUUCCUUUAUUGAUGAGUUUAGUAAACGCAGUGUUCAGUGUACCGAUAUGUCACUUCUAAUUAUUUAGUCCAGUGUCACGUCAACAAAGAUAUUAACAGUUGUAUUGUGAA